AUAACUUUUAGCUGUGAUCUUGGUUUUGGGAAACCCCAUUUCCUUUAUUUUAUGUUAUCAUGGUGGUCCCUGCUAUUCUGGUUAUGGUAAAUUCCUGCAACCUUUUCAAGGAGGUUGUCCACUUCUUUUUCUGGUUUUCUUAAUAAUAUAUUUCCGUAUAACGUGAUUGGCCAUGAUUUCUGGAUUUACUUUCUCAGCUCUUCUGAAAGCCUGCUCUUCUUCACUUCAUCACUCUGAUCACAGAUAGCAGUUUUAGUUUUCUUUUCCUCUGCUCUUAUCAAUCAGAAGAAGAAAAAAAGUGGCAGGUGAGAAUGUCUUCAUCAAGGCAAAACCAUUCAUCAAGCAACACGGAGAGAUCCAGGCACAGUGCUCGCAUCAUUGCUCAAACGACUGUAGAUGCAAAACUCCAUGCAGAUUUCGAGGAGUCCGGCGUAUCCUUCGAUUAUUCGAAUUCGGUGCGUGUAAGUGGAGAUCAGCAAACGAGGUCCAGCAACGUUACCACGGCUUAUCUCCAUAAUAUUCAGAAAGGCAAGUUUAUCCAGCCCUUUGGGUGCUUGCUAGCUUUAGAUGAGAACAUUUACAAUGUCAUAGCAUACAGUGAGAAUGCCCCUGAGAUGUUGACCAUGGUUAGCCAUGCAGUACCAAGUGUUGGGGACCAUCCGGUUCUCGGCAUUGGAACUGACAUAAGAACCAUUUUUACUGCCCCUAGUUCAUCUGCAUUGCUAAAGGCCCUAGGAAUCGGGGAGGUUUCUCUUUUGAAUCCGAUCUUAGUCCAUUGCAAGACUUCUGGAAAGCCCUUUUAUGCCAUUAUCCAUCGGGUAACAGGGGGUUUGAUAAUUGAUUUCGAGCCGGUCAGGCCCUCUGAAGUUCCCAUGACUGCAGCCGGAGCUUUGCAGUCAUACAAGCUCGCAGCAAAGGCAAUCACUCAGUUGCAGUCGCUACCUAGUGGGAGCAUGGAAAGGCUUUGUGAUACAAUGGUGCAGGAGGUUUUCAAACUCACCGGUUAUGACAGGGUGAUGACAUAUAAAUUCCAUGAUGACGACAAUGGUGAAGUGAUAUCUGAGGUAACAAAACCGGGCUUGGAGCCUUAUUUGGGCUUGCAUUAUCCUGCCACCGAUAUCCCCCAGGCCGCUCGAUUCUUGUUUAUGAAGAAUAAAGUCCGUAUGAUCGUUGAUUGUAGAGCCAAACAUGUGAAAGUAUUUCAAGAUGAUAAGCUUCCUAUUGACCUGACCUUGUGUGGUUCAACCCUAAGGGCUCCCCACAGCUGCCAUUUACAGUACAUGGAGAACAUGAAUUCCAUCGCUUCUUUGGUCAUGGCUGUCAUUGUCAAUGAUGGAGAUGAAGAAGGUAAUGACACCGGUUCGGAGCAGCAGCAGCAACAAAAGAGAAAGAGAUUAUGGGGUUUAGUAGUAUGCCAUAACACCACUCCUAGGUUUGUUCCAUUUCCACUCAGGUAUGCCUGUGAGUUUCUAGCUCAAGUUUUCGCCGUCCAUGUCAAUAAGGAAUUAGAGCUCGAAAGCCUAGUCGUCGAGAAGAACAUACUGCGCACACAGACCCUUUUAUGUGACAUGCUUAUGAGGGAUGCACCUCUGGGGAUUGUAUCACAGAGUCCAAAUAUAAUGGAUUUGGUGAAAUGUGAUGGGGCUGCCUUAUUAUACAAGGAAAAUAUAUGGAAACUAGGGGUAACCCCAAGUGAUUCCCAACUGAAUGAGAUAGCGUCAUGGCUUUCCAAAUAUCAUAUGGAUUCCACAGGUCUGAGUACCGAUAGCUUGUACGAUGCCGGGUUUCCAGGGGCUUUGGCUCUUGGUGAUGUAGUAUGCGGAAUGGCUGCAGUGAGGAUAACCUCCAAAGACAUACUUUUCUGGUUCCGGUCCCAUACGGCGGGCGAAAUUCGAUGGGGUGGUGCAAAGCAUGAACCUGGAUUGAAAGACGACGACCGAAAGAUGCACCCGAGGUCAUCAUUCAAGGCUUUCCUUGAAGUUGUCAAGAAAAGGAGUCUGGCUUGGAAGGACUAUGAAAUGGAUGCCAUCCAUUCUUUGCAGCUUAUUCUAAGGAAUGCGUUCAUAGAUGUCAAGACCACGGAUACAAACGCCAAUGCCAUACAUUCCAAGCUGAAUGACCUCAAACUAGAAGGGAUGCAAGAGCUGGAAGCAGUGACGAGUGAGAUAGUGCGUUUGAUCGAAACAGCAACAGUCCCGAUUUUGGCAGUUGAUGUUGAUGGCCUGAUUAAUGGUUGGAAUAUGAAAAUCGCAGAGUUGGCUGGCCUUUCUGUUGAUAAUGCAAUUGGGAAGCAUUUACUCGCUCUUGUUGAAGAUUCUUCAUCUGAAACAGUCCAGAAAAUGUUGUUCUUGGCUCUGCAGGGCAAAGAAGAAAAGAACAUACAGUUUGAGAUCAAAACUCAUGGAUCAAGGACUGGGGCAGGUCCCAUUAGUUUAGUUGUCAAUGCUUGUGUAAACAGGGAUCUUCAUGAAAAUGUUGUGGGGGUAUGCUUUGUGGCUCAAGAUGUAACAGUUCAGAAGAUUGUAAUGGACAAAUUUACCAAGAUCGAAGGCUAUUACAAGGCAAUAGUACACAAUCCAAACCCACUGAUCCCUCCCAUAUUCGGCAUGGAUGAAUUCGGAUGGUGUUCGGAGUGGAAUCCGGCAAUGACAAAGCUAACCGGUUGGAACCGAGAUGAAGUGGUGGAUAAGAUGCUGUUGGGGGAGGUUUUUGGAACCAACACUGCUUGCUGUCGUCUCAAGAACCAAGAAUCUUUUGUCAACCUCGGUGUUGUACUUAACAAUGCGGUGACCGGUAAUGAACCCGAGAAGGUUCCUUUCGGUUUCUUCGCUCGCAGCGGGAAGUAUGUCGAAUGCUGGUUAUGUGUGAACAAGAAAUUGGACAUGGAAGGCGGUGCUGUCACCGGUGUGUUCUGUUUCUUGCAGCUCCCAAGCCAAGAACUGCAACAAGCACUUCAUGUUCAGAAAUUGUCCGAGCAAACAGCCAUGAAAAGAUUGAAAGCGUUGGCUUAUUUGAAAACUCAGAUUCGUAACCCUCUAUCUGGUAUUAUAUUUUCUUGGAAAAUGAUGGAAGACACAGAGUUGGGACCGGAACAAAAUCGCCUUCUUCAAACUAGUACCAUGUGCCAGCGCCAGCUUAGAAAGAUACUAGAUGAUUCGGACCUCGAUAGCCUCAUUGAAGGCUACAUGGAUCUUGAAAUGAUUGAAUUCACCUUGAAUGAGGUAUUGAUUGCUUCUAUUAGUCAAGUGAUGACAAAGAGCACCGAGAAAGGUAUCCGAAUGCUCAACGAUACAGCGGCAGAAGUCAUGAAUGAGACCUUGUACGGAGAUGGUGUUAGACUUCAACAAGUCUUAGCUGAUUUCCUGUUGAUAUCAGUUAAUUUUACACCAAAUGGAGGCCAAGUCACUGUUGCAGCUACCUUAACCAAAGAUCAACUAGGACAAUCCGUUCAUCUUGCACAUUUGAAACUAAGGAUAACACAUGCAGGUGGUGGAAUACCUGAAGCAUUGCUGAGCCAGAUGUUCGGAACUGAUGGGGAUGCAUCGGAGGAAGGAAUCGGUUUACUCGUGGGCCGAAAAUUGGUGAAACUCAUGAAUGGUGAUGUGCAGUAUUUAAGGGAAGCAGGCAGAUCAACUUUCAUCAUCACCAUUGAACUUGCUGCAGCAAAUAGGUCCAGAAACUGACUGCAUUAGUACUGUUUGUAGUAUUUUAACACAGUAUCUGUUUUUUUCCAAUGAAUUGAAAUUUCAGAAAAUGUAUUUUCCAACUGUAGAAUUUGUUGUAAUACAGCAAGGGAGACAUUUUGUAUUGAGCAUGAGGUUCAAAUUGGAAGUCGUAACAUUUUCUGAUACGUUAUUAUGUUUUUAGG